AUGGGCUUCCUCGAGUGGCUGAUGCCCCCAAGCAUCUUCAAUGUGUUCCAAACACGCCUGCUAGAAAACGGGCAAGGUGCUCAGCUGGAGCCCAAUUUCAGGCCGGCUCUCCUGGUGGUUGACAUGCAAGAGGACUUUUGCCCACCGAACGGCACCCUGGCAGUCACCGGCGGCCGCUCCAUAACCCCCCUAAUCAACACCCUCCUCUCCUCCCCUCUCUUCGUCCUCCGCGUCGCCACAAAGGACUGGCACCCGCCCAACCACAUCUCCUUCGCCUCCAACCACAACCACACCACCUCCUCCCCCUCCCCCUGCUGCCCUGACUCCUCCGGAGAAGCCGCCAUCCCCUUCCUGUCCACCACCACCGUCCACAACCCCCACAACCCCUCCGAGUCCUACACCACCCGCCUCUGGCCCUCGCACUGCAUCGCCGGCACCCCCGGGGCUAGCCUCAUCCCCGAGCUGGACGUUUCCAAAAUCGACCGGAUCCUCGAAAAGGGAACCAACCCCCUCGUCGAAAUGUACUCGGCCUUUUACGACCCCUUUACCUCACCCCGCGUUAGCGAUUCGGGCCUCGCACACAUGUUGAGGGAGGCCAAGGUAACGCACGUUUAUGUGGUGGGACUGGCGGCCGAUUAUUGCGUGUGGAGCACGGCGAUGGAUGCACAUAACGAAGGGUUUGAGACGGUGGUGGUGGAGGAGGCGACGAAGCCUGUGGAUGAGGACGGGUGGAGGAAGUGUAAGGAGGCGCUUGUGGGGGAGCCGGGGGUGAAGGUUGUGAGGUGGGACGGAGAGGAGGUCAAAAGGUUGUUUCCUGGGGGUUUGGUGACAACAAGUGUCGGUGCUGGGAAUGAUGAGGAGGUAGUGGAGGAGGAGGAGAAGAUUUGA